GCUGUUGAUGCUGACCAUAGUGGGUCUAUAUCUGCAACAGAACUAAGACAAGCCCUGGUCAAUGGCAACUGGUCCCACUUUAAUGAAGAAACAUGCAGGUUGAUGAUUGGCAUGUUUGAUAAAGACAGAAAUGGAACAAUAAAUUUUAGCGAGUUUGCUGCGCUGUGGAAGUAUAUCCAAGACUGGAAAAGUUGCUUUGAAAGAUUUGAUCAGGAUAGAUCAGGUAACAUUGAUGCCAAUGAGCUCCAUCAUGCACUCAAGUCAUUUGGCUACAAUGUGACCCCUGGCUUCUGUUCUGUGCUUGUGCAGAAAUUUGACCGCUCAGAUAUGAGAACAAUGAAGCUGGAUGACUUUAUUCAGUGCUGUGUCAUGAUUCGUUCAUUGACUGAGGCCUUCAAAAAGAAAGAUGCUGCUGCAAGAGGAAUUGUUAGAAUUUGCUAUGAAGAUUUUCUUGAAAUGGUCCUGGAAAAUGCGAUUCACUAGUGUCCCGGGAAAAAGAAAAGAGCAAUGGAAAUGAGACUGAUUAUUUCACUGUGUAGCAUCAACAACAGUUAACACUUUUUCAGCAAAAUCUGCCGCAGUGUGUUCAAAACUGGCAUUCACAUUCACUUUCGUGCAAAGUCUGAACUCGCCUUGACUUUGUUCUAUAAUUAUAUUUUUUUACAUGCUUUUGAAAGUUUUUGAAAAUUUGAAAAAAGUCAUUCCUAAAAAUCUUGAAAGCUAGUUCUAUUUAAGAUUUUUUUACAUUUUUACUUUACAUUGUGUUAAUGUUGCAUUUUUGAUCACUGUACCUUCCCUAAUUAGUAUUGAUUGUAUUCUUUCGGAUUCAGAUGGUAUCGUUAAAUCUUGACUGAAAUCCACCUCAGAGUUAAUAUUCCCACAUGGUGUUUCCGCAAACCUUUCAUUCAUUAGUAUCUCCACCAUGCAAAGCCUCGAAUCUUACUUGAAAAAAAAUGAGAGUUUAAGGUCUAUAACGGCCUUCAAAAAUUAAA